CUGCCCUCACCCAACAUGGCGGACGCUGCCUCGCCCGCCACCUGUUGCCGUGGCGGCAGCGGCUCCCUAUUGGCUGGCACGGCGAGGGGGGGCGCGGCGGCGGCUUCCGAUUGGCUGCUGCGGGGCGGGGGCGAGGGAAACAAGAUGGCGGGCGGGGGCUGGGAGAAGCCGCCUCAACGACGCCGCCGCGGCCGCCUCCGCUCGGCUCCGGCCAUGGAGGAGCCGCCGCUCCAGCAGCCGCUGCCGCCCGGGGAAGACGAGGAGGAAGGGGAGGAGGAGGAGGAGGAGGAGGAGGACACGGACGCGGAGUGGAGCUUCGUUGACCGCGACAUGGAGGCGGUGGCGCUGCGGGACCUGCCCACCGCCACCAUCGCCUGCAACCUGGACCCGCGCGUCUUCCAGGACGGCCCGUACCGGGCCAAAUUUGAAUCCCUGUUCCGCCCCUACGACAAGGACCUCACCUUUCAGUAUUUUAAGAGCUUCAAGAGAGUGAGAAUCAACUUCAGCAACCCUUUGUCUGCAGCAGAUGCCAGAAUCCAGCUGGACAAGACAGAAUUCCUCGGAAAAGAACUCAAACUCUAUUUUGCUCAGACUUUGCACAUCGGGAGCUCCCACCUGGCCCCCCCAAAUCCAGACAAGCAGUUCCUGAUCUCCCCUCCUGCCUCUCCUCCUGUGGAUUGGAAACAAGUGGAGGAUGCCACUCCAGUCAUUAAUUAUGACCUCUUAUAUGCAAUUUCCAAGCUAGGACCAGGGGAGCAGUACGAGCUGCACGCCGCCACGGCCACCACUCCCAGCGUGGUUGUGCACGUGUGUGACAGCGACGGUGACGGUGACAGCGCCGCGCCGCGGCGGCCGCGGCCCAGGAUGGCGCAGACCCGCCGGCCCGACUACGCCCCCGCGCCCCUCAGCUGAGCCCCGGAACCGCCACGGAACCGCCACGGAACCGCCACGGAACCGCCGCUCCCGGGGGAUCCCCGCUCAGCCCGCUCCAGGGAACGAUUCCCAGUGGUGAUCCGUGUGCUGGGUGGGUUCCUGCAUCCCUGGGAGCAGAGGAGGGGACACUGUGGGACGUGACAGGGCAAACUGGGAUUGUCUUGGGGGAGGCACUCCUUGUUCUGACUCCCAUAAAUCCUCCAAGUGAUGCUGUUUGGAAAACCUUGGGAUAACAGGGUUGGAAAGAUGAUGGGAGUUUGGGAACUUAACCCUUUUUUCUUACACUAGGUUUUGUGCAUGUUUCUUCUUGGUCUUCUAAAGUAAUUUGCUUUCUUUUGUAGAGUUUCUCCCAAGUUUCUGGAAAUCUGGGAAUGGUUUCAAGUAUUUAUUAUCUCAGCAUCCCAGAAUUCCUCCUGGAUGUGUACAUACAUGAUGUAUUUAUAUUUGGUUUUCUUGGCACUCGUUUUCCAGCAGGAUCCAAUUCUUCCAGCGCCUGCUUUUGGUGCUCUGGAAGUUGUGCUUUUAAAAUUUUAACCUUUGAAAUUCCUGCAGAGGGUUUUACCUGGCAAAGCAAUGGAAAAACGUGCAAUGGGAGAGCUGUUGGAAUACAUGGAUUUUAAAUUAUUUCAGUUCAAGUAGUUUAUAUCUUCAAUAGGAUUUGUUUGGGAGCUUUGACUUUUGGGGGGGAAAAAGGACUCAAAUAAUGCUGAUGGUGCAUAUUCAGAGCAGGAGGAUUUUUCCAAUGAAAAAAAAUGAUGGAGAAACUUGAAUGUGCAUUUUUGGUGAGUAAAGAUUUGCUAGGGAUUGGAAAAUUCCACCCAGGAAGCAGUGAGGGGAGCUGGAGUGCCUUUCCCUUGUCCAUUCCCACUCCAAGCUGCACACUUGGAUCUUUUUCUACUGGCUUUCGAUAUUCCAGAAAUCCAAACUUGCUGAGCUUUGCUUCCAAACUCAGCUGGCAUGAAAUGCUUAAAGCCAAGGAAUGCUGAUUUAAGCAUUGGGAAUAUGUGGGAGAAGCUUUAGGGCUUUUUUUAUGGCAGUGUUUAAAGGCUCCUAAACGCAAAUUUCAAAGAAAAAAGAUGGCAGAAAUAUUUUAUUACUGUUUUUUAAACUGGAGAUCCUCACCUUGAAACAGGGUUCAGGAUUUUUUAGAGGAGAUAGGAAUUGCUCUCCAUAGAAAAUACCACUUGGGCUCUUGGAAAAGGGAUGUUGGAGCCUCUCGUGGUGUUUUAGGAUCAAACUGUGGCUCUCUCUUGGUUUGCUUUUGCCACAGUUGGGCUGAGAAGAGAUUGAAGCAAAUUGUUGACUGAAAUUCCUGGUUCACUCCUGGGUUUUUAAAUCAUAUUUGUUUUAAAAAGAAUGGAGCCAUUCCAGGCCAUGGUGGGGGGAAAAACAGGGUGUUCUGGAAGGCCUGGAGUUCCUGACUGGAACAGAAACCUGGGCCUAGAGACCAGGAAUACACUGAAUUUUCUGCUCUAGCUUGGAUUGUUAUUCCCUGGAAACUGGAACAAAGCCUGGUUCUGGUGUCUGAGUGGGAGCUGUUCCGUGGAUCGCUGGAGCUGGACACACAGGAAAAUCAGAUUAUUUGGGGUUACCCUCAGCCGGCUCCACGUGCUGCAUUCAACACCCAAAAUAAAGGAAUUAAGUGGAGAAAAACUUCAUAGGUUUGCCACAACUGCCUUGAAGCCUUUCCAAGACUUUUCCAUGUUUCUCAAGUGACUGCUGGACUUUGUGUCUCACCACCUUCAGUUGAAAACAUUGGGAAUAAUAAUUCCUGUCCUGUCCUUUUUCCAUGAAAAAUCAAAGCAUGAGUUUGGCAGUAGAAACCGGGGUGGCUGCUGAUGUGUGCCCUACAAAAGCAGAGCUGCUUUUCAGUUCAAACCAUCAAGAAAUCUGAUUUUUGUCAUUUUAACACCUGACCCCUGCCUGAGGUGGGAACCAGGGAAAUCUUGGAAUGCUCAGAGUGUGCUCCUGGUCGGGUCUGCCACCUCCUGUCCUCAUGACUCCAGUGUGCUGCUUGCUUUUUCUGGUUCUUUUAUUUUUGUAAUGUUCCAAUGGAUGCUUAGUUGCUAUUUUAUACACUUGUAUAGCACGGGGCAGAUUGAAAUUAAAAUAUUUUGUUGUCUUCUUGUAAA